AUGUUCGAACGCUCGCUCUCAGACCUCAUCAAGGGUCUUCGAUCGCAUCGAGGCAAGGAUGAGCCUAAAUACGUCGCCCAAGUCCUGGACGAGAUCCGCCAUGAGGUGCGCUCGGGCGAUCUCGAGGUCAAGGCCGAAGCCGUACUCAAGCUCACCUACCUUCAGAUGCUCGGCUAUCCCUUCUCAGGCGCCAAUUUCCACAUGCUCGAGACUAUGGCCUCGUCUAAAUACCACCACAAGCACGUCGGCUACCUCGCUGCCGCUCAGUGCUUCUCCGCCGACACCGAGGUCCUCAUCCUGGCGACCAACAUGAUCAAAAAGGACUUGCAAUCCAGCCAAUACCUCGACGUGGCGAUCGCGCUCAACGGGCUGUCCCACAUCGCAACGCCAGACCUGGCAAGGCAUCUGGGACCGGACGUGAUCAAGCUGCUGACGCACAGCAGGCCCAUGAUCCGCAAGAAGGCCCUCCUCGUCCUGUACUCGCUCGUCAUCAAGUGUCCCGACCUUCUCGAGGCCAGCUGGGAUCGUCUCAGAGAGAAGCUCGAGGAUCCAGAUCUGGGCGUCGUCUCAGCAGCCGUCAACAUCAUCUGCGAGCUAGCACGGCGCGAUCCGAGACCCUUCCUCCCUCUGUCACCGCAACUCUUCCGCCUUCUCACCACAUCGACCAACAACUGGAUGCUCAUCAAGAUCAUCAAGCUCUUCGGAUCGCUUACGCCCCUCGAACCUCGUCUUGUCAAGAAGCUCGUCCCGCCAAUAAGCACCAUCAUCUCCACCACGCCAGCCAUGAGUCUGCUCUACGAAUGCAUCCACACCAUCAUCAUCGGCGGCAUGCUCACCCAGCCUGGCGGCGAUGAUCUCGCCCACACCUGCGUCGAGAAGCUCGCGAGCUUCCUCACAGACACCGAUCAGAACCUCAAGUACAUCGCACUGCUUGCGCUGGUCAAGAUCCUGCCGAGUCACUCGCAUUUGGUCGCCGAGCACCAGGAUGUCAUCUUUGAGUCGAUCGAGGACCCAGACCUGUCGAUCCGACUGCGGGCGCUCGAGCUGGUCUCCGGCAUGGCUGUCAGUCGCAACCUCGAAAGCAUCGUCUCGCAGCUUCUUUCGCAUCUCGAGCCACCGUCCUCAUCCACCACAUCUUCGACCAUGGACGGCGCAGGCGCAGCAGCAGCCGCACUCAAAGCGAGCCUCACCAACGGCGGCACCGCCGGCGACGACGCCGACCCAGCCUCUGGCUCCCUCGCCGCCAUCACAUCGGCUAGCAACCCCACCCUGUCUCCUUCGUACCGUCUCGAGAUCGUCGAGCGCAUCCUCGCACUGAGCAGCUACGACACGUAUGCCAACGUCAACGACUUCACCUGGUACAUCGAUACGCUUCUCCACCUCUCGCUGGUGUCCAAUUUGCCCGAUGGCAAUCACGUUGGCUCGCGCAUUCGGGAUCAGCUGAUCGACAUUUCGGCGCGCGUUCGGGCGAUUCGACCGCACGCCGCGCGCGUCAUGACCCACUUGCUCUCGGACGGCCGUCUUGCUCCCUCAUACGAUUGGGUUCUGUCAGAAUCUGGUUUGAGCUUCAACAAGCCCUCGGUGGGGGACGACAUGCGCGAAGCACGAAAGGUGAUCCAUGCAGCAGCGUGGAUCCUCGGCGAGUACGCGUACGAGCUCAAGCACCCCGAGCAGGUGAUCCUGCUUUUGCUGCGACCGGGACUGUUCGAUGCGGGGUUGUGCGAUGCGUCGACGUCGGCAGUGUGCGUGCACGGCGCGGUGAAGGUGUAUGCGUUUUGGGCGUCGGCCCUCUCGACCCGGUGGAGCGAGGCGGGGAUGAAGCCGCAGGCUGAGUUCGAUGAGCUGGUGCGCGUGACGGGCGACGUGGUGGUCAGGUUGGAUGCGAUACAGAGCGUGUCGUCGGACGCAGAGGUGCAGGAGCGGACGGUCGAAUACAGGCAGCUGUUCAGACUCAUUGAGAAGGACCUCGAGUCGUACAUCGUUACGGACCCGAGCACGGCUUCUAACGGGGAGGUUGCCAGCGGAAAGGAAGACGAGCAGAAGGGCGACGAGCUCACCGAGAAGGCUUCCGCGCAAACCAAACCUCCGCGCAGCCUCGACCUCCUCUCCCCACCCUUCUUCAACCACACCCUUGGCCCCCUCGGCGCCAACGCACAGUCUCGCGUCCCCGAGCCGCUCGACCUCGACCUGCACGCAUGGAUCGUCCCGCCCGAGAGCUUCGUCGUGCUGGACAGCAUCGAUCUGUCCUCGCAUCUCGAGGCGGAUGAUGAGCCGUUCGUCACCAGUCACGCGCCGAUCGAGCCGAAGAAGGCUGCGGUGCCGUCAGCAAGGGAGAGCAAAGCGCAGAGAGAGGCGAGACUCCAGAAGCAGCGCGAGGAUCCUUUUUACAUUGUCGACUCUCCGGCUGCCUCACGAAGUGCAGCGAUGAGAAAUGAGGGGCAGGACGAGGAGGAUGUGGAUCAGAUCCCCAUUGUUCGGCUGGACAAUCUGAUCGCUCCAGACAGCAAGACCCAAAACAAAGCGGAGGCCACGCAAACGCCGACGCGACCGCCAGUUCUGGAGCAGGAGGAGAUGCCGGAGCAAAUCGCUAAGGUCAAGUCAAAGAAGAAGGCCUCGUCAAGCAUCAGAACAAAGACAGCGCCGUCGGAGGAGGGAGCGGAGGACGAAGACGGUGCGACAAAAGUGGUCAAGGUGACCAAGAAGAAGAAGGCGAGCAAGAGCAAUGUCGGAUCCAAUGUUGUCAUUGACUAA